AUGACAGAUCUUUCUAAUUCUGAUUUUGAUGUUAAUAUCUUGCAAGAUGCUUUGAUUAAUCCGUCAAUAGACUUGAAGUUUCCUUUACCCAUAGACAAAGAAGCAAAUGCUGCUAGUUUAUCCCGAUCCUUUAACUUGUUACACCAUACCUUUAGGUUGUUUACUGGUGGACAGUCAUAUGAUGAUAUUUACAAGAACAAUGAAUCAUGUUUCACAAAUAGAUCUUCACAACAAUUUAAGCAGAAAUUUAUCGAUUAUAUGAAUGACAAAUUAGAAAAAAGUGAUGUGAAACUUGAUGAAAUAGUCUAUGAAUUAGUUACUAAAGAGUUGAAUAUGAAAUUAAUCAAAGCAUCCCAAUUCAAAUCAAGGUUUCAAGAAGUUAAAGCUUUUAUGGUUGACUACUAUAAAGCUCAAAAUAAGAAAAAUUUACCUACUUUCAGUUCGCGUGACUUUAUUAGAACUGCUUAUGUGACCGUGAUGACAAUAAUGCAAAAGUUAUUCCCUGAAGGUAUUUGGUUGUCAAACCAAGAUAUGUCAGAUUUGUAUGCCAGAUAUCUUGAAAACCCCAUGUCAAUUGUCUUUUUACCUUCACACCAAUCGCAUUUGGAUUAUAUUAUAAUACAUUUAGUAUGUAUUCGAUUUCAGAUGGCAAUUCCUGCAGUAAUUGCAGGUGAAAACUUAAAUGUGGCUAUAGUAGGGGAAUUAUUGAAGAAAUUGGGAGCAAUUUUCAUUCCUCGGUCAUUUAAUAAUGAAGCAUACACCGAAAGAAAUUUGAAUAACGUUAUUGAAUUUUUAUUGGUAAAUAAAAUUAACUUUGAAGUGUUUGUUGAAGGCACCAGAUCUAGAGAUGGGAAGCUUUUAUUACCAAAGUAUGGAAUUUUGAAAUCUCUUGUUCAUAUCUAUUUGAAACAAACUCAAUUGGAAAAGAAUUCUGGAUUUGAUUUAUUAAUGCAACCAGUUGCAGUCACUUAUGAGCGGGUUUAUGAAAAUGAUGGAUAUUUAAAGGAGUUAAUAGGUGAGGAUAAAAAACAAGAAAGUUUGUUAAAUAUUCUCUCGAUUGCUGGUGGUGCAUUUGUAAGUAAAAACAAGGAUCAAAUUGUUAUUGAUGAACAUGGAUUCAAUGAUAAUUCCAAUAGAUCGUUAACCGGAAAAAUAUUUGUUAAAUUAGGUACAAGUUUCACCAUGUCACAUUAUAUCACACAAGAUGAUGUCGAAUUUAGUGAUUUUGAUUCCGUAAAUUUAAAAAAACUUGGGUUUAAAAUACUUCAUGAAGUUAAUAGAAAUAGUUUCUUGCCCGAAGUUGCCUUAGUGGGUUGUGCUCUUCAAGCAUUUCAUUAUAUUAAACCAAGUCCAACUUUCCCUAUUCGAGACCUCAUACCAGUAUUAAGAUUAGUUGGUCAAACAUUACUUGCAGAAAGUGAAAACUCCAAAACAAACUCGCAAAUUUUGCAAGGUGUUAUUGCUCUAUCAGAUAAAGAAUUAACCAGUCUUAUUAAGCAUCAAAUUGUAUCAUUUUUCCGAUUUAUAAAAGUCAACGACAAGUUAGAUGUGAUUAAAAUUGAAUCACCCAUUGAAUUAUUAUAUUACAAGAAUUUAUCCAUCCAUUUAAUUAUACAGCGUUGUCUUGUGCUGUUUAUAUUGUUGCUAUUAGACGGAAAGAACACAUCACAGCGACUUAUUGGGAAAUUAUUUUAUAUUGUUACUGGGUUUUUAAAAAAUGAAUUCUUGUUUGAUUAUGAUGAAAAUCCAAGAACAGGACCAACUUUUAUCUUGAAUGACAUGGUUAAUUGCAAUGUGAUAACUAAGGAUGAAUAUGACAAUACCUACCAAAUUGUUGAUUAUCUAUACAUGCAGUUGUUUGCCAAUUUAGCCCAACCGUUUUUGGAAUCUUAUGAUGUGUUAAUUUCAAACAUUGUCAAUAUGACCAAUGACUUAGCCAAUAAUUAUGCCAGGAAUAAGAAGCUUCAAAAUGGGAAUGGUAAGUUGAUUCUUGAUGAUAAUGAUUUGAAAUAUCCUGAUACCAAGGGAUUAUUGAAAUAUAUAAUUAAGAAAUCCCGAGGUAAAGUCGCUUCAGUAGAAUCAUUUAACAAGCAAUAUUUAUUAAGUGAUUUGUUUUAUCUUGAUAAUUUGAAAUUAAUUCGAAUUUUCAAGAAUAAAGCCAAGACUAAAGCAUUUGUUCAAAUCAGUAAUAUGAGAGAUUUGAAGAUCUUGAAUGAAUUUUUGCAUCAAAUUAUUGGCAAAUCUAAAGAUCAUUACUUAAUUACUGAUGAGUUGAAUGUUAAUUAUAUUAUAGACAUUACUGAUAAGAACUUUGACAGAGAUUAUCAAGAAUUGCCUAUUAAAAGUAAAUUUUAA